CCCACGUGCAUUUUCCGGUCGCAUUCGGAAGCUUGAGUACCAGCCAGAGCUGAGGGGGUUUGGGUACUAUCACUGUUCAACUUUUCUUAAAACCGUUCGCUCGCUACACAGUUCAGAAUCCAAGAUGUCCAACAGAAACAACAACAAGCUUCCCAGUAACCUUCCGCAGUUACAAAAUCUGAUCAAACGGGACCCGCCGGCCUACAUCGAGGAGUUUCUACAGCAGUACAAUCACUACAAAUCGAAUGUGGAGAUCUUCAAAUUGCAACCAAAUAAACCUAGCAAAGAAUUGGCAGAGCUGGUAAUGUUUAUGGCACAGAUCGGUCACUGCUACCCUGAAUACUUAAGUAACUUCCCUCAAGAGCUGAAAGAUCUUCUUUCCUACAAUCAUACUGUCUUGGAUCCAGAUCUUCGAAUGACAUUUUGCAAAGCUUUGAUCUUGCUGAGAAAUAAGAAUCUCAUCAACCCAUCAAGUUUGUUAGAACUCUUCUUUGAACUUCUGCGAUGCCAUGAUAAGCUUCUGAGAAAGACUUUAUAUACACAUAUUGUGACUGAUAUCAAGAAUAUAAAUGCAAAACACAAAAACAAUAAAGUGAAUAUAGUAUUGCAAAAUUUCAUGUACACCAUGUUAAGAGAUAGCAGUGCAACUGCAGCCAAGAUAUCUUUGGAUGUUAUGAUUGAACUUUACAGAAGAAACAUCUGGAAUGAUGCCAAAACUGUCAAUGUAAUCACAACUGCGUGUUUCUCCAAGGUCACUAAGAUAUUAGUUGCUGCUUUGACAUUCUUCCUUGGGAAAGAUGAAGAGGAGAAAAAGGACAGUGACUCAGAAUCUGAGGAUGAAGGGCCAACAGCAAGAGACUUGCUUGUGCAGUAUGCCACAGGAAAGAAGAGUACCAAAAACAAGAAAAAAUUGGAAAAAGCUAUGAAGGUGCUCAAGAAACAAAAGAAGAAGAAGAAACCAGAGGUGUUUAAUUUUUCAGCUAUUCAUUUAAUUCAUGAUCCCCAAGAUUUUGCAGAAAAACUGCUAAAGCAGCUUGAGAGUUCUAAGGAGAGAUUUGAAGUGAAGAUGAUGCUUAUGAACCUGAUUUCCAGAUUGGUGGGAAUUCAUGAGCUUUUUCUCUUCAACUUCUAUCCCUUUGUACAAAGGUUUCUACAACCCCACCAAAGAGAAGUUACAAAGAUCCUUCUGUUUGCUGCACAAGCAUCUCAUCACUUAGUUCCUCCUGAGAUCAUUCACUCGUUGCUCAUGACCGUCGCCAAUAAUUUUGUUACCGACAAGAACUCUGGGGAAGUCAUGACAGUAGGAAUCAAUGCUAUAAAAGAGAUAACGGCUAGAUGUCCUUUAGCAAUGACUGAAGAACUCCUCCAAGACCUAGCUCAGUACAAAACACACAAAGAUAAGAAUGUGAUGAUGUCUGCUAGAACUUUAAUUCAACUAUUCCGAACCCUAAAUCCUCAAAUGUUGCAGAAGAAAUUCCGAGGUAAGCCCACAGAGGCUUCCAUAGAAGCAAGAGUCCAUGAGUAUGGAGAAUUAGAUGCAAAAGAUUACAUUCCAGGAGCAGAAAUUCUGGAAGUUGAAAAGGAAGAAAAUGAUGAAGAUGGGUGGGAAAGUGCCAGUCUUAGUGAGGAGGAAGAUAGUGAUGGUGAGUGGGUUGAUGUGCACCAUUCCUCCGAUGAAGAACAGCAAGAAAUCUCCAAGAAGUUGAACAGCAUGCCGAUGGAGGAGCGGAAAGCCAAAGCUGCAGCCAUCAGCACUAGCAGAGUUUUAACUCAGGAAGAUUUCCAGAAGAUCCGCUUGGCCCAAAUGAGGAAAGAACUGGAUGCUGCCCCUGGAAAGGCCCAAAAGAGGAAAUACAUUGAAAUAGACAGUGAUGAGGAGUCCAGGGGUGAGUUACUGUCUCUUCGGGACAUUGAACGUCUUCAUAAAAAGCCAAAGUCUGACAAGGAGACAAGACUAGCAACUGCAAUGACUGGAAAGACAGACCGGAAAGAAUUUGUGAGGAAGAAAACUAAAAUGAAUCCAUUUUCCAGUUCUACAAAUAAAGAGAAGAAAAAACAGAAGAACUUUAUGAUGAUGAGGUAUAGCCAUAAUGUCCGGUCAAAAAAUAAGCGCUCCUUCCGAGAAAAACAGCUGGCACUACGGGAUGCACUUCUGAAAAAGAGAAAAAGAAUGAAGUAGCUUCCAAGCAAGUUUUUCAUCCGAGGAGAAUGCCAUUAAUCUAAAAACUAAUAGAGCAAGAACACUUGUUUACAUUAAAAACCCCAGAGACACUGUAUUAUAAAAACCACACUAAAUUUGGUAGUGUUUAGUGUGUUUUCAUUUUGGGGAAUGUAUUUUGUUCAAUGUGAAGGUGUUGUUAAAUCAUUUUUAUUUAGUGUUCAUGCAGAAGAAAAAUCACUAAGUGUCUAUUAAUUGUUAUAACAGAUGAAAAAAAUGUAUGAACCAUAACACCUAAAAACCAUUCACAGCUUUUUGGUGUGUGUGUGUGUGUGUGUGUGUGUGUGUGUGUGUGUGUGUGUGUGUAGGAGGGGAGACACAUGUAUGUAUAUUUGCUUGUAGUCUAGUGUAAAUAAUCCUCUAGGAGAGAUAGAUCCAUAUUUCUAUGGGUUUGCAGACUAAUUCUGCAGGGGAUAGGGAUUACAUAUUUUCUUAAAACAAAACAGGACAUUGUUACAAGAGUAAGAGGUUCUUACUUGUAAAUAGGCUUACCUGGUGAAAACAGGUUUCAGCUGUACAGAUUUCGGAUAGACAGUUUAGCUCUUUAGGUCUAUCCAAAGAUAUCAUUUUUUUUUUUUAACAAUGCUUACUACAGACUUUUGGUUAAGAGCUUACUUUUUAAAUAUCCUUAAGUAUAAGUAAUAAUCUUACAGUAUCUUUACUUCAUGAUUCAUGCUUGCAAAGAGGGGGAAAAAAUCAGAUUGAUUUCCUGAUAUCUCCAGCCUCAUGUUUGCCUUGCCUUGCCUUGCUAAAGGGUUUUUUUUGGUCAAAUAGUUACUCUUUCUUGUGAGUGUUGAAAGGAGUGUGUCAUUGUCUCCCUCCCCUAGGUAUACUUGAGUAGAUUUCAGGGGACACUAGACCCCUGGGAAGUUCUUCUAUCAUAAGUUGUUGUGUUUGGAAAAACUUUGAUACCUUUUGGACUAGAUUUUUUAAAUAGUGCAGUAGAUAAUUGUUGUUACUUUAAAUCAAAGUCAAAAGUAUUUUUCUUCAACAUUAUAAAGCAAUUUCCAAACUACAUUUGUUCUGUCUUUGAGUUCAACUUCAAUUAUGAGUAAAACUCUGACUUUCCCCAAAAUGCUCCAGUCUAUUGGGGGUUCAUCAUAAAAACCAUGAGAUUGUGUGGUUGAAUGGUACCGUCCUAAUGAAAAGUUGUCAGAGGUAAUACUUAGCAAUUUCUGUGCUUCAUAAGAAGUGCCCAAUGCAAAUUGAAUUUUUCAGGCCUAAGACUGCUCUCUUUUCUGUUUUUGAACUGGUUGUCUUCUCAUGGGUAUCUUCUCGUGUAUCUAUACCCAGGAAAAUAAUAAAAGUAAAAUUCAAAAUGGUCUGACAGCUAAUGUCCACAGCUUUGCUGUGUGAAUUGUGCUUGUGUCUAGAAAUUCCAGCCUUCAUUUAGACUUUCCCACCCUUAGGUGCCAAGAAGUCAAAGUCCAUUCUGUGUUCUGACUUCUGUUCUACUGUGACUUCACCUUUCUCUUAAACUAAGAUUUAUAUGCAAACAGAUUUUAAAAGCUAGUGUCUUUUGACUCUUGCUUAGUCCUAUAAUGUCACUUCUGUUUGAUCUUUUUAGAUUUUCACAAAGUUGAGUGCUGCUAAGAAAAGCAGAAGAAAAUUUCUGGGUAACUUUUACCUUGACAAGGCAGUCAUGAUAGGAGUUUCAGCUUUUUUAUCUCAGUUUUUCGUUAGAACAGAUAUGGGUGAAUUCAAGUUGUCCAAAUUCAUAAUAUGUAUUAGUGAUAUACAGUUUAGAAUCUGGAUAUAUGUUUGUGAUCUUAGCAUAUUCCAUUAAAAAGGGGUCUGUUCUCUGCUAUAUUCCAAAUAUCCCAGGUUCUAUAAAUAUAAUACCACUUACCUCAUUUAUUGUCUUGAGAAUUUUAAGACCUAAUAUUUUAUAAGCAUUUACCAUAGUAUUUGCUAUAAAGUGAGCAUUCAGUAAAUUGCUUGUCAAAGUUCACAUACAUCUGAAAUUUAUUUUUCUGCUCAAAUUACUGGAAAUGAAACUAGUUAAAAUUAGUACAAAUACUUGUUUUUUAUUUCUCAUUCAUUUUGGAGGAAAUAGAAAUGUUAAUGUGGAUAUUGAGGGCGGGGGCCAAUAGCAUAAUGGUUAUGCAAAAAGACACAUGCCUGAGGCUCCAAAGUCCCAGGUCCAAUCUCCUGCACCACCAUAAGCCAGAACUGAUUAGUGCUCUGGUAAAAAGAAUGAAUAUUGAAUGCUUAUUGUAUGCAGAACACUCUGCUGGCUACUAUGUAAGUAGAAGACAAAAUAUUUGAGCCACAUAGAAGCUUGUAAUUCAUAGAAGCAAAUAGACUUACCAGAUAACUGUGCAGUGCAAGACUGCUUAUAGAGCUAGCAAGAAAGGUGCAGUGUUGAUCUGGGAGCAUCCUGAAGAAGGGGCAAUUCAGCUGGUAGGAAGGUGCAAUGCCUACUUGGUAUCAGCUGGUGCUUCUGAGGAAUAUGAUAGCAUAGGAAAUACAUUCCUGAAUCAUAAAGAAAAAAGUUGUGGCAUGCAAGUUGACAUCAUUUUAAGAUUAUGUCUAAUAGGAAGUUUUGUUUUAUUCUGUUUUUUUUUUUGGAAAUGUAUAAUUUGUUGCAUGCUGUUUUUGUAUUAACCAUAAUGUUUAAGCAGUCAGAAUAUUCUAUGUAUUCUGAAUACACAUUUUAAAACUGUUCUACCAAUACCAAGUGGUACUGUUUUUUUAUAUAAAAAUUAAAUAUUAACUAUUGCUUACAUGUUUUAUAGAAUGUGUUUUACGAGAUUUAAAAAGAUCUUGAACAUGAAUAGGAUUUAAUGUGGAACUUUUUUGUUUUUUAUAAGGAUUUAACGUUUCUAUCCUGCAUUGGUGUUUGGCCUAUACUUGCUAAAAAAAAAUGCAAGCAAGAGCAGUGAACCAAUUUCUGUAUUAUUUAAGUAGUAUUUAUUUGUAUAGAGUAC